AUGGGAAGUGGGAAGCGCGAUCAUUUUUACUUACAACCUAUACACAACACAAUUCUUAUUUUUAAAAGAGUAAUUAGCAGCAAAACUCUCUAUUAUACAUUUAACCCCUAUUUUUUUAAGGUGAAACCUCUCAAUCCCCAUUCUGUUAGGAAAUCCAUUGUUCACAUUGAUUCCCUCCGUUAUGUCUCCCAACCUUCCUACGGGUCCAUUUCAAAUCGUGUCCAGCUCAUCACAUUUUUUAAGAAGGAGGUUGUACGAUCCAAGUCGAGUAAUUUAAUAACGCUUUUACAGAUUGGGAGCAGUGAGUCGAGGAACUCGGCCAUGGACUCGCUGUUGAGUCUUCUCCAUGAGGAUGAUAAGAACGUGAUGAUCGUCGUUGCCCAAGGUGUGGUUCCGGUUUUGGUUUGGUUAAUGGAUUCAAGCUCGGUGGAAAUGAAGGAGAAGACCGUGGCGGCGAUUUCAAGAGUUUCCAUGGUUGAUAGUUGCAAACACGUUUUGCUCGCAGAAGGUUUGAAUCACUUGCUUAGGGUACUCGAUUCGGGUAGUGGCUUUGCCAAGGAGAAAGCUUGUGUAGAUCUCCAUCAAUCUUUGAGUUUCUCGAAACAGAAUGCCGAAGCAAUUGGUUGUAGAGGUGGGAUUUCAUCUCCAUUGGAGAUUUGUCAAGGAAGAACAUCUGGCUCGGAAGCUUCUACAGCUGGGGUUUUGAGAAACUUAGCCUCUUUCCCUGAAAUCAAAGAGAAUUUUGUCGAGGAAAAUGGGGUUGUUGUCCUUUUGGGCAUAGCGAGUUCAGGGACGGUAUUAGCUCAGGAAAACGCAAUUGGGUGUCUGUGUAAUUUGGUUACUUGAUGACGAAAGUUUCAAACUUUCUAUUACAAUUGAAGGUGGUGUUAGAAAUAGGAUAGUGGAGAAGACCAAUAUAUAUAUAU